UAAUUGCAGCACCAUAGCGUCUAGCCCCUGUAGCCCACAUUGGCUAAGCUCUAGUCUCAUUAAUUAGUCAUGCCCUUGAUCCAGAACAAUAGUGUCACUGUCUUUGUGUCUGUCAGUAUUUCUGGGGGUAGGUUUACAGAAAUGUAUUUCACAUUCACAGACAUGGUCACUCGUGGCCUGUUGUAAAUGGGGUUUGAAAUCACUUUUAAACUAUUUCUGGUUAACAGAGAGGGAUGUGAUACCUGAAAAAGCGAUGAAGUCAUGAAACCCAAAACAAGCAGGGAGACAGAGAGUGAACCCUAUCUGGGGUGAGUUGCUGAGCAUGAGGCCAGCUGCUGUCCUUGGUGCUGCAGCUGCCAGGGCUGGGAUAGUGAGGCUGACUGGAACCCUCCUCCAAACAUGCCGAAAUGUGUAGGCCUACUGGCCCAUUUCAGCACUACCACAUGGGGGCCACUGCACAGCAGCAGUUGCAACAGUGGGGGACUAGUCAGUGUAUCAAAUUAAACUGUCAAAGCAACGCUACGAAUCAGGCCUACCUAAUUUAUUCCUGGAGAAGAGAGAUAACAUACUUUUGUUUUCUGUAACGCUCAGUGCGAGGACCUUGGAAAGGCACUGGCAGUCUGGCACUGCUCUUCCAUUGACAGUAAAAUAAUAAAAGGCUGUGAGCGUUGAGGCGGGUCACGUGUCGAUGGCUCCUUUGCCACUAGCCCAUCAGUGCAAGUCUAGACGAUGAGUCACAGGCGUUAUUGAAUGCACUUUCAGAUAAGGAACAUGCUUGUUGUUAAUUACAUGAAAUCUUAGUUUCUCGCCGUCGUCAUAGCAAAUAGGCCUAAUGUGCGUAAAAACUUGGACAUCGGCUUGUUUUUUUUGGAUGAACAAUACAUUUUAUUAACUGUCUAUUACUUUGAAAUUGGUCGCACGGUGACUAUUUCACAUUGAACCAUGGCGAUUGCACACGUUGCUACAGAAUACGUUUUCUCCGACUUUUUAUUGAAGGAUCCAACAGAGUCGAAGUACAAAGGAGUGCGUCUGGAGCUGGCGGUAGACAAAAUAGUAACUUUCAUCGCGGUUGGUCUCCCUUUGUUACUUAUUUCCCUCGCGUUUGCCCAGGAGGUGUCAGUAGGUACCCAGAUCAGCUGUUUUGCCCCUACGAACUUCUCGUGGCGACAGGCGGCCUAUGUUGACUCUUUCUGCUGGGCUGCGGUGCAGGAGCAGCAACCCAGUGUUGAUGGAAUCAAGGGCGCGCCCCUAUGGCUGCACAAGUUCUUCCCCUACAUCCUCCUGUUGUUGGCCAUCCUCAUGUACAUCCCUGCUCUGUUCUGGCGCUUCACGGCCACCCCCCACCUCUCCUCUGACCUCAACUUCAUAAUGGAAGAGCUGGACCGCUCCUAUAACCGAGCCAUCAGACUGGCCAAGAGCCUGGCCUCAUCUAUAGACACCAAAAAAGUAUCUGACGACUCCCCCAGUGCCCUGGACCUGACUGAGGGCUGCUUUAAAUACCCCCUGGUGGAGCAGUACCUGAAGACCAAACGUUUCUCCCGCUGGCUGGUGGUGAAGUACCUGGCGUGUCGGGUGAUUACUCUGCUCACCCUGCUGCUGGCCUGCCUCUACCUUGGCUACUACAUCCGCCUGGCCUCCAUCACCGAUGAGUUUGCCUGUGACGUGCGGACGGGGUUGCUGAGGAACAACAGUGCUGUUCCGGUGGCGGUGCAGUGUAAGCUGGUGGCGGUAGGGGUGUUCAGGCUACUAAGCUACAUCAACCUGGGGGUGUACAUCCUGCUGUCUCCCCUGGUGGUGUACGCUACCCUGGGCCCGGCCAGACAGAGCUCCCGCUUCCUCCGGCCCUACGAGAUGUUGCCAGCCUUCGGCGCUCUGGACCUGGACACACCCUUCUACAAUGACCUCAGCAUGUACCUGCUCUUCCUGGAGGAGAACCUCAGUGAGCUUAAGUCCUAUAAGUGUCUGCAGGUCCUGGAGCUGCUGAGAGAGGGAGGUGGUGAGGCCUUUGACACCAUGUGUCUGCUGCAGACUCUGGGACAGGUUAAGACAGAUGUGGUGGAUGGGAAAAAAUCCACUUCAUACCAGGACAGCAAAGACAGCACCAAGCUUGGAGAGGAGGAGGACACAAACUCAUCUGAGCUGAGAGAUUUCUCUACAUUGUUGCUGGACGACAGGCCGAAGAAAGACAACAAGGACAAGACCUGCUGUGGUGGGAAAGAAGUACGCCAGAGAGUGGUCUAAAGUGUGUGUGCGUGCGUCUGUUUAUGUGUGAACAAGGGUCUUUAAGUUCAGGAUUAGUUGAUGCUGAUCAAUCUUUUUUUAUCUGUAAACAAAAGUGCUGUGUUGCUAUGUUACCGUACCUACCUUAGCACUAAUACGAUGGUACCUGUUGGUCUUAUCAGGAUCGAUCAAGCACCUAUUCAUUUGUGCUCUGGAAUGUAAGCCAUUUAUACAUAUAGAACCCAAAGCUGUUUACAGAACUGUAGUCCGCAGUUUCCCCAUAGAGAAGCUCUCCUUUUCUGUUGUUUACUGCCAGAGUUACAAGGUGUUUGUCUGACUCCGAGUCAAUAGGCGCGUUCACAUUGCACCUUAUAGCCAAUGGUUAAAAACCUCAGCCCUGGGCUAAGGGACAUUUUAGCCUGGGCUAAGCAAGUGUUCACAGUUGCACAUUCUAAAGUGGGCUAGCACCAACUUUAGCCCAGGGAUAGCUGGCCCUGCACCGAAGCAGGGUUAGCACCGACUUUUCGGGGCUAGCCCCAGAAACACGUUCCCAAAAUAGCCAGUGUGAAACAAUGUCAAGAACAAAGCCUAGAAUGCUCACUGUCCAAGCACAAAAGCUGCACUGUCACUUAAUUUGCAUAUGCUUGUGAUGCCAGUAAUGCGUUCUGCACGUUAUUUUGACAAGUAUUCAUACAAACUCUACCGCUGGAAGGGCAGCAAACGCUCAAUUUUCGUCUAUUUUUUAUAGAUUUUCUAUUGACAUUUAAUUGGAUAUACAGUGAGGGAAAAAAGUAUUUGAUCCCCUGCUGAUUUUGUACG